UUCUCCUCUUCCAAACCUUCACUAGAAUAACACUGUUUCUAGUAAAUUUUUGUUCGGUCUUUCUCUUUCCCUUUCUCUUUCUCUUUCUCUCUAGCUAUUUUUUUUUUUUUUCUUGUUUCUCUUCGGAGAGCAGUCUCAUUCAUAUUCAUUCAUCCAUUGCUUUUUUACGUCCCAUCCACGAGAGCUUCAAUCCUCUCUCUCUCUCUCUCUCUCUCUCAUGAUUUCAACUCCCUAAAACCCUCUCCUCCUCAUACCCCCUAAAAUCUCACCAAAAAAAAUAUAUAAAAAAAAAAAAAAACAAAGAAAGCUUUCCCGGUGAAAAAAAGUCCACAGUAGUAGUAGUAGUAGUACUAUAACCUUUGAUGCUAAUACCCAAUCAAACACUCACACAGAGAAAGAGGCAAGCAAGACCUACGGUUUCUAUUUUUAUUUCUUAUAGAAUUUAUUAGAGAAAUUAAGUAGUAUACUCGUAGAAAUAGCUGAUCAAACCCCACCCCUUUUUAAGUUUGUGUUUUGGCUAUGGAUUCAGCUUCAGGAGGAAGUGGUGGUGGUGGAACUGGACCAUCCGACCCGAAUAGUGGGGAGGGCCCGUCAUCAGCAACCGGGUCAGCCAUGGCUGCUGAUCAAGCAGGUUCAUCACCAGCACCACCGAGUCGGUACGAGUCGCAGAAAAGGCGGGACUGGAACACCUUCUUGCAGUACUUGAAAAACCACAAGCCUCCAUUGACGCUGGCGCGGUGCAGUGGGGCGCACGUGAUCGAAUUCUUGAAGUAUUUGGACCAGUUCGGAAAAACCAAAGUCCACAUAUCGGGUUGCCCGUAUUUCGGGCACCCGAAUCCGCCCGCUCCUUGCGCUUGUCCGCUCAAGCAGGCGUGGGGAAGUCUGGACGCGCUAAUCGGACGGCUGAGAGCGGCUUACGAGGAGAACGGUGGACGGCCGGAGUCGAAUCCGUUCGGAGCGAGAGCGGUUAGGAUAUACCUGAGGGAAGUUAGGGAAAGCCAAGCGAAAGCCAGAGGUAUUCCGUACGAGAAAAAGAAACGGAAACGCCCCACCGUUACGGCCACCAUGGUGGUUUCUUCGUCGUCUGCAGCAGCCGGGAAUGUGUCCGUAGGUUCUAGCAGGGAGGGAAUUGAUGCUGGUGACGGUGCCAGAACAGGAGAAGGAAGUGGUGGUGGCGGUGGUGGUGGUGGUGGUGGUGGUGGUGGAGGGACUACUGAAACUGCUGGUGGAGGAGCUGCAGCUGUUGCUCCAACAACUGCUGCUACUUCUACAGUAUAGGAAACAGUGUUUAUUUGAUUUUGAAAGUUGCAAGUACACCAAAGUGAGAGAGUCUGGAAGAAAAACUUAUGUGCAACGGUCGCAUCUGUGGAGGACAAAGGCAUAGGCAAUAGGGGGCAAUGCAAAACAAGAGCAGUACUUUGGUGUAAGAGCCAAAAUCUUUUUGAAGUUACAUAGUUAGCACCCCCCCAUUAUAUAAGACCUAUCUGGUCCCCGGGGGAUCGUUUCUUUGAUCGGCUGCCUAGGCACAAUCUAUCAGUUCUGGUGCCCACGUGCGGUUCUGGUUUCACAUAUUUUUUGCACUUUCAGUUUCAGGUUCUAUACCCCAACACACAAACACACACCCCCUAUGUGUUUGAAUUCUUAGAUUUUGUUUUCAGAUUUUUAAGAUUUUGGGGGGUUCUUGGUAUUUGGAUUUGAGUAUUUUUACUCGUUUAGAUUAUUUCUCUGUCUUUCUCUCUGUCUUUCUACUCUUUUAUGAAAACAACAUUUCUUUCUGUGAUAACAACAACUGCAAAAAGAUAUAGAAAUAAGCAUCCAUGGAAAAGAGAAAAAUAUAUGUAUAAUCCCUUGUGAUUGA